CUCUCGUGCUUCUCUCCUUCGCGCCUCGUCUUCUCCAUCACCUUCAUCCUCCUACCUCUCGCCUCUCACCACGCCUUCGCAGCCGGCCAUGCUGCCACCGCAUCGCCUCGCAGCAGGCAAUGGCAGCGCCGCCCGUGCGCUGCGCCGUUCCCUCGCCACAGCUGCGCCUCCGACGUUUCAUCCUACGCGCCUUCCUCCUUACCAAUCACUCUGCGCCAACCUCGAUACGGUCCGCAAGGUGACAGACAAUGCGCCCCUUUCACUCGCCGAGAAGAUCUUGUUCUCUCACUUGCGCAACCCGGAAGAGGUACUGGCGGGGAAACGUGGGGUGGAUCUGAGGGGAAAGGAGUAUUUGCCGCUCAGGGUGGAUCGAUUGGCUAUGCAGGACGCAUCGGCGCAAAUGGCUCUCCUCCAGUUCAUGACCUGCGGACUGCCACAAACGGCCGUACCGGCUUCGGUCCAUUGUGACCACCUCAUCCAGGCAUUCGAGGGAGCAGAGGCCGAUCUCAAGCGCUCCAUCGCCUCGAACCAGGAAGUCUUCCAAUUCCUCUCGUCCGCCUCGGCCAAGUACGGCAUCGAGUUCUGGGCUCCUGGCUCGGGUAUCAUUCACCAAAUCGUCCUCGAGAACUACGCUGCACCGGGACUCUUGAUGCUGGGUACCGACUCGCACACCCCCAACGCAUCGGGAAUGGGAUGUCUCGCCAUCGGCGUCGGAGGCGCAGACGCAGUGGAUGCGCUGACGGACACGCCGUGGGAGCUCUUGACGCCGCGCCUCCUCAAUGUUCACAUGACUGGAAAGCUCAGCAGCUGGUGCACGCCCAAGGACAUCAUUCUCCACCUCGUCUCCAAGCUGACGGUACGCGGUGGCACAGGGCGAAUCGUCGAAUACUCUGGGCCAGGCCUUGCCUCGCUCCCCGCCACGGGGCUCGCAACGAUGAGCAACAUGGGCGCCGAAGUCGGGGCCACGACGAGCUGCUUCGGCUACAACGACGCCAUGGCCCGCUAUCUGGAUGCGACGGGUCGGGGCGAAGUCAAACUCGGCGCAGAGCAAGCCGCUGCCCGCGGCCUCCUCAGUGCAGACCAGGGCGCACAGUAUGAUGAGCGAAUUGAGAUCGACCUCUCCACCCUCGAGCCAGUCCUCAACGGCCCCUUUACGCCGGAUCUCUCCACCCCGCUCUCCCAGUACACGCGCAACGCCAAGGAUGCGGAGAAGCGCGACCACCCGCUCGAGCUCAGCGCCGCCUUGAUUGGGAGCUGCACCAACUCAUCCUACAACGACCUCGCACGCUGCGCCUCCCUUGCCCGCCAGGCGCUGGAUCGGGGAAUGAAGGUCAAGUGCCCCUUUGACGUCACGCCGGGCAGCGAGCAGGUACGCGCCACCGUCGAGCGGGACGGGCUCACCUCCCUCUUCGAGUCUGUUGGGGGUCGAGUCCUCGCCAACGCGUGCGGCCCUUGCAUUGGCCAGUGGGAUCGCAAGGAGUGCCAGGGAAAGGAGAAUGUCAUCCUCACCUCGUUCAACCGCAACUUCAAGUCGCGCAACGACGGCAAUUCCCAAACGCACAACAUGCUCGCUUCGCCCGAGGUCGUCACCGCUAUGGCCUUUGCGGGGAGGCUGGACUUUAACCCCAUGACGGAUAGCCUGAUCGCGCCGGACGGCCAGCCCUUCCGCUUCUCACCGCCAGAGGGGGACGAGCUGCCCGCCAUGGGCUUCACGGCGGGCGAGGUGGCCUAUCUCCCACUUCCUGCGCCUCAGCCCCAGCCUGAAGUGGAGGUGGCCAUCGACCCUUCGAGCAGCAGGUUGGAGCACCUCCAGCCGUUUGGCUCUGCCUUUGCGGGCGGAAAAUACGAGCUGGACAACAUGGGCGUGCUGAUGCGCAUCAAGGGGAAGUGCACGACUGAUCACAUCUCAGCGGCGGGGCCCUGGUUGAAAUACAAGGGGCAUCUCAGCAACUUGGCGGAGAACACCUUGAUUGGAGCAACGAAUGCUGAGACGGGCAGGGUGAACAGUGCAGUCGACUACGAGGACGGACAAGAGGUGGAGGACACGAUCCCUGGCGUAGCGAAGCGCUUCAAGGCUCGCAACCAGCCUUGGGUGCUCGUCGCCGACCACAAUUAUGGAGAGGGCUCAGCGCGCGAGCAUGCUGCUCUGCAGCCGCGCUUCUUUGGCUGCCAGGUCAUCGUGGCGCGCUCCAUUGCCCGAAUCGCGGAGACGAACUUGCGCAAGCAGGGCGUUCUCACGCUUCUCUUCGAGGACGAGGCGGACUGGGAGCGUAUUGGGGCUGGGGACGAGGUGGCGACCAAGGGGUUGGAGGACUUGCUCAAGCCCGGCGGCGACUUGCGUGCUCAGGUGACGUUGCUGGUCAAGAAGAGGGGUACGGGAGAGACCAUUGAGAUUCCGACGAAGCACACGCUUAGUCGUGCGCACCUGGACUGGAUUCGCGCGGGGAGUGCGCUCAAUGUCAUUCGACAGCAGGCGGCGAGCGGUUCCAGCGCCAAGCCCCCAUCGCAGCGCAGCGGGCUCUUCGCGGCGUCUUCCUCGCGCGACUCGCCGCCGUUUCAUCAAGCGCGCUCCUUCUCAACAUCGACGCGUCGUCGCGCCACCUCCUCCACCACGCCCGCGAACAAGAUCUCACCCAACGACCCGCGUUAUGUCCAGCCUGCGGCCGAUGCUCGCGGCGAGGCCUUGCGGCGCAUGGUCUACCCGACGUACGCGGACGCCGAGCUGGCCCGUAAACGCGCGGGCAUCCCUGCCACGCUGGGGGAGGCUCUCCCCUUUGGCGCCGAGGUGCACGAGACGAUUGACCGGGCAUGGAAGUUGUUUCAACGCGAGAGGCGGGAGGCCCUGCGUGAGGACCUGCGCGUCAAGAGGGAGCGCCUCCAUGAAGCUGUCCGCGAUUUGGCGGGGACGGAUUCCCGCCUCUACCGCGCUGCAACGUAUCGCGUUAGUCCGACGAAGCGCUCCCCCGCUGAGCAGGCGGCGUUGAUCGAUAUGGGCAUCGUGGCCAAGCCCGGCGGCGCUAAGGAGACGCAGACGCAGCCGCAGGUGGGGGCGGAGCAGAGGCGUAAAGCGAGGAAUAUGCUGGGGAGGAGGUUGGAGGGACUUUUCCCGAGGGAGAUGAGGACGCCUACCACUACGCCGAGGAGGGGGGUGUGGGAGUGAGGCGGGCGCGGGCGCGGGCGCCGGUGGGCAAGUAGGUGAGAUGUUGUACGGUGGGGGAGAGGACAAUGCACGCCGUCGCAUCGCAUCGCUGCGCGUGAGUGUGAGUGUCGCGCCACAUGAUGCCGGAGUGGGGGUGGGGUGCGAAAGAGGAGCAGAGAGGUGCGCGCGUUGCGUUCAGGUGGCGACGCAGGGUACGAGAGUGCGAUUCAUGGCUCGCCUGGUCAAGCUCGCCUGGUCAAGCUCGCCUGGUCAAGCUCGCCUGGUCAAGAGCAUCGAGGAGCAAGGAUGAUGAUGAUGAGGCGCCGAGCGCGACAUGCUCAUCCUUCUGCUAUCCCGCGUGCUGCUGAGCAUCCCUGUGACUCGCUUUGCCCUUUCACCCUGGCUCACCGCCUUCAAUGAAGCUCUCAGCCUCGUUUGCCCCACAGCUCUCCCCCAUGUGCCCCUACGCUCGAAGUCAUGGCUUACCCCGAGAAGAUGCGCACGGAC